GGUUAGUUAGAGGGUUGGCAGGGUAUUUGGGAAUAAAAAUUAAAGCUUAAAAGGAUUAGUCUAAAUGCUCCAAGUCCACAAACCAAAGCGGUUCCUUUAAGCGGGGGUGGAGCUGCCACUUCCUGGAGCGGAAACAGUGGCCAGCCUCUAGCCUCUGAAGUGUACACCGCACAGCGACGCUAAACGUCUGGACGUUUUGGGGGUUGGGCUACGCCUGCGCUGCGUGGGAGCAUCCCAGGGUGCUGCGCGUGCUUACCGCCGCCCCGCCUUCAGGAGUAAGCCAUGGUGGUGUCGGAGCUGGCAGCCCGCCUCAAUUGUGCCGAGUACAAAAACUGGGUGAAAGCAGGACACUGCCUGCUGCUGCUGCGCAGCUGCCUGCAAGGUUUCAUAGACCGUGAAGUGCUCUCCUUCCACCGUGGACUGCUGGCUGCAGUCCCUGGCCUUGGACCCCACGCUACCUGCCGCGGCGGUUCCCGAUGCAGCCCGCGCGCUCGCCAGUUUCAGCCUCAGUGUCAGGUAUGCGCAGAAUGGAAACACGAGAUCUUGAGGCAUCACAUGAACAGAAAUGGAGACGUGCACUGGGGAAAUUGCAAGCCAGGCCUCUGGCCCAGAGACCCUUGGGAGGUAGCCAAGGCCUUCAUGCCCCGAGGACUGGCAGACAAACGAGGACCUGAGGAAUGUGAUGCGGUUGCUCUUUUAAGUCUCAUCAACUCCUGUGAUCACUUUGUGGUUGACCGGAAGAAGGUCACAGAGGUGAUAAAGUGUCGAAAUGAGAUAAUGCACUCUUCAGAGAUGAAAGUUUCAUCUACUUGGCUUCGAGAUUUCCAGAUCAAGAUCCAAAAUUUUCUGAACGAAUUCAAGAAUAUCCCAGAGAUUGUAGCAGUAUAUUCCAGAAUAGAACAGCUGUUGACAUCUGACUGGGCUGUUCACAUCCCUGAGGAAGAUGAACGAGAUGGGUGUGAAUUUGAAAUAGGAAGUUACUUGACUGUGAGCCAAAUCCAUGAGAUUGAAAUAGAAUUGCUGAAGGAAAAACUGCAAGAAAUGUAUCUUCAAGCAGCAGCAGAAGAGAUGUUGCCGGAAGAGAUCUCAAAUCAACUGGAUGUGGUGAAAGGUUUUCUGAGAAGCAACACAGAUCUUAGAAAUGGCCUUACAGAAGACUUGCAGAAGCUAGACAGCCUCCAUCUACAGCAUCAAAAACAAACUUCAAAGGAUGCCGGUAGACAGACACCUGAAAGGAAGGCUUGAGGAUCUUUGGCAUUAGACUGCUUCAUGUCACCUCUGGACGUUGCUAUGUUCCCCGAACUACCUAGAAGAAACACUUCAUGCCAAGGCUCGGCAAAGAUGAAGUCACUCCCUCACCUGGCCAGCUGCCUGCCCAACGGGGACCCUCCAGAGAGGGGGUAGCAAUAGAAACUGGAUUUGGCAUGUAUUUCAACUUUAUAACCCAAAUGAAUACAAAUGUGCUUUCAGCUUGCUUAUUUAAUAUUCCAGGUUGCCGUUUAGUUUUCAGUGUUAUGGUUUCUUUCUCCCUUCAUUUGUGGAAGUCCUUGAGAAGACUUCAAGUAAAGCAAGAUUUUGCAUUUAUUUUGCCACUUUGCCAUAGGAAAAAAAAUCAAUUCCCUUCUAGAUCUGAAGUACAAAACAUAGAAUCUUAAUGCACUAACCCACAAAGACCUGGUUUCUAACUGUAGGAAGUUUGAGAUCCUAACCUUUCAUUUUAUUCUUGUCUAGUUAUUUUGUCCUUAUCAAUUCAGCACACACCAAGUGUCAAACCUGUGCCAGACACUGAAGUAGAUACAAAUGAAACGAGUGGUGAAGUCCAGUACCUUCAUCUGCCACUCGGACAGUUCAGAGGUACUGUUCAGAGAACUAUACCAGGAACAUUUCAGUGAAUUGAAACAGAAAAAGCAAGACCCUUGUAUAAAGGGCUCUAAGGCAGAUGUGGUGAAUACAGAGGUAUCAGCCUGUCUGUCCGCAUCUCUUCCACAGAACCGUGCCUGGGUAUGUCCGAAUGGAUGUUCACAAGUUGAGGACCUACUAAAUAAGGUGUAGAGCAUCUGUACUAUGCCACAUGUCUUAGUCAGGGUUUCUAUUCCUGCACAAACAUCAUGACCAAGAAGCAAGUUGGGGAGGAAAGGGUUUAUUUGGCUUACACUUCCACAUUGCUGUUCAUCACCAAAGGAAGUCAGGACUGGAACUCAAGCAGGUCAGGGAGCAGGAGCUGAUGCAGAGGCCAUGGAGGGAUGUUCUUUACUGGCUUGCCUCCCCUGGCUUGCUCAGCCUGCUCUCUUAAAGAACCCAAGACUACCAGCCCAGGGAUGGUCCCACCCACAAGGGGCCUUUCCCCCUUGAUCACUAAUUGAGAAAAUGCCUUACAGUUGGAUCUCAUGGAGGCAUGUCCCCAACUGAAGCUCCUUUCUCUGUGAUGACUCCAGCUGUGUCAACUGACACACAAAACCAGCCAGUACAGCACAUAACUAUUCUAAAGAAUGACCCCAUAGUGAAGUGCAGUCAUGUGAAUUACCUGUAAGGCAUCUAAAGGAAAGAAAUGGUUUGAAAGGGUGGACUGGAGCUCCGUGGUGGGGCGCUUGCCUACCCAGCAUGUAUAAUGCCUUGACUAGAUGGCUGUUCCACUGCCAAAAGCAAAUCAAUAGAAAAACAAAGUAUUGAAUAAUGAUGAGCAUGCCCUAGUGCUGUUUGUGUGCUAUAAUAACUGAGCUCUGGAAAGGGAUGGUCGGCUUUCUAAGUCUUUCUUCUAUAUUAUGUCUCUAAGAGGAAUUGGGGCUGGGGAGCAGUCAGAGGAAUUUAGCUUUUCUGCUUUGUAUAUUCUUUUUGAUAAUAAACAUGCAUCCGUGUAUUUUGAAAAA